AUGUCUGUUAGAAGCAUGUUUCUUCCUCAAUGGCAUGAGCGACGGAAAAUGUACUACUGGGUGGGGACUUUUUUGUGCGUGUUAGGUCUACUUGUGUUGACUGUCCUGUUGCUCAGAAAUAUGCUGCAUUCCCAGAAGGCGGUGCCCUCCUUCAUUGGCGGCUACUGCGCCAUAUUCGCCACGAUACUCUCCUUCUUCCAAAUUCUGGAACACCUGACCUGCUUUUCCGAUCCGGAGUGUCAGACAAAAAUUGUGCGUAUCCUCUUUAUGGUACCUCUCUACGCCAUGAUUUCAUGGAUAUGCAUAAUUGCCCCCAGCGCCGCUGAGUACCUCAACCUGAUUCGUGAUGCUUACGAGAGUUAUGCCAUUUACGCCUUCUUUCAGUUGAUGAUAGCGCUUAUGGGGGGCAUGGAUACCGUCUACCGCGCUCUCAUGCUGGAGGAACGACCCCCUAUAAAGCACUUCUUUCCGUUCUGUUGGAUGGAGCCAGUGAAGGUCUCACCAACGUUUGUGCGGAAUUGUCGUUUAUGUCUUUUUCAAUUUAUGGUGGUGAAGCCGCUUGUAACGGUGGUGGUCAUAAUUUUAACGGCCAAGAAUGAGAUGGGCAGCAUUUUAGAUGUGGGCAAAGGAUACUUUUGGACAACAUUAGUGUAUAACAUAUCCAUAACGGUGGCGUUUACUGCUUUAGUUUACUUUUACACAGGGCUAAAAGAGUUUAUGGAGGGGACAGAUGCCUUCAUGAAGUUUCUAUGUGUCAAGGUGGUUAUAUUCCUCUCAUUUUGGCAAGGCAUACUCAUUCAAUUGCUCUCCGCCACACACGUUUUGCCUCAAUUUCAGUAUUGGUCAGAGGAACGCGUGCCACAGGGCCUGCAAGACCUGUUGGUGUGUAUUGAGAUGAUGUUCGUGGCGUUUGCGCAUCGUUACUGCUUCGGAACUGACGCCUACGCCCCGGACGCCGUGGUCGUGGAGGUGGAGCCUGGCCACGACAACGCUGAGGACGCCGGUGGGGUUUUCCCACAGCGGAAUAUUCCACAAAUUCGGUACAGCGUGUUAGAAAAUCUCAAGUACACGCUGAGGCAUGAGGAUAUCAUGUACGAUUUGAAAGCCAUCCUGCAUAACCGCUAA